AUGCUAGACUGCAAACAUGGAGGUUCAAAGAGCAGCCAGUACACGCUCGGCCGUAUCGGUGACCAUAACGUCGUUAUUGCUUGUCUACCAGCGGGUUUGACAGGGACAAAUGCUGCCGCCACCGUCGCAGCCAAGUUGAUAUUGCAGUUUACGUCUAUUCGAUUUGGUCUUUUGGUGGGCAUUGGAGGAGGAGUUCCGAGCAGAGAAUCCGACAUACGGCUUGGAGAUGUAGUCUACGAUUUUGGUAAAACUCGUCCUGGAGAGUUCGAGACCACUGGCUUUCUCAAUACACCUCCGAUUGUGCUGUUGGAUGCACUCUCAAAGAUACAAGCGGAUCAUCUGUCUGGAAAUAGCAAGUUCUCGCAAUACUUGCAAAGGAUUACUCACCAGCUUGGGAUCAUGCCCGAUGACCCCAAGACCGACACGUUGUUUGAGUCGAGCUAUGAGCACGUGGAAGGGCCAACAUGCGAGAAUUGCGACGACAAGCAACUGGUACACAGAAAACCUCGGAACCAAGACAUUGUGAUUCAUUACGGCACAGUAGCCUCUGGAAACCAGGUGAUAAGAGACGGCAUUACCAGAGAUAAACUAAGCUCGAAGCUCGGAGGGAUCCUUUGUUUCGAGAUGGAAGCAGCGGGACUUAUGAACAGUUUCCCUUGUCUGGUCAUACGAGGCAUUUGCGACUAUGCAGAUUCACAUAAGAACAAGGCCUGGCAACCUUACGCUGCGUCAGCCGCAGCUUCUUAUGCUAGAGAAGUGCUGGCGGCUGUUAAUUCAGAUCAACCAUCAAUAGCUCGCAUAGUUGAUGAUACUACAAAGACUGAAAUGCUUCGAGCUGAGAUUGAUUCCAAUAUUGAUACCGUGGAUUUGAGUUGGUUUCUCUCCAUUUUGCCAACAAUAGAUCAAGGAGAAUGUGAUUUCGAUCAUCCAUCACCAGAUUGGGAGAAGCCAGAAUAUUACUGGAUUUUCAGAAAUGCGGAUUUUAAAAAAUGGGACACCGGCGACUCUUCCCGAAUCCUGUGGCUUACUGGACCGCCCGAGUGUAACAUACGCAAAGCAACGUCCUUUAUCCUACAUCGAGAAAUGGAAAAGUCUUCAAAGACAAAUCGGCUCGUAUUGCACUUCUUCUGCUCAGCGGCGUCAGUAAAAGGAUCAUCUAUCGCAAUGUUGAUCAGAGCUCUUGCCCAUCAAAUUAUCUCGACUUCAUCACAGACUCGGCAGAUGUCAAUCAUGCGCAAAUUCCUGAGGACCAUUUUGAGUAAUACUUUCAAAAGGAUGUCUCCGAAUCUAAUGCAACGGUUCUCAUUAAGAGACUCAAAUUCCAAUAUUAAGAAUUUACUCGAGUCUCCAGAUGACGGCUUAUGGGCAGCUCUAUGGGCCAUCAUGCCGACAGAACAAAGUCCGGAAUUAUCGAUUGUCAUUGAUGGGAUUGAACAUAUUCGCGACCGUAGAGGGAAAUUCGUUCGGAGAAUCCGCGAAUUUGUCGAGGAUCUACAACGAACGUCCAAGGCCAAGAUUCUACUCACUAGUGGGCUAGAAUCUGAUACUGCGCAAAUAUUCAAUGGUUUGCCUCACAUCGAAUAUGAUAAGGAAAGAAAAGAAUGUCUUUCCAGCCUUUGUUUCGUCAACACACGCUUUAGCAAAAUCGUAAAGGCAUCUGAGGGUACCUUUGAGUGGCUCUGGGAACACGCACAAUAUGAUGCAUGGUCAAAACCAAGCGUUUCCCGUGUGUUGCUGAUCCAAGGAAAACCUGGGAGUGGGAAGAGCACUCUUACACGAUAUUUCAACGAACACAUACUUGAACGAGAACACGCCGCAGAUUCAGCCGUCAUAGCCAGAUUCUUUUACAGCUAUAGGGAGGAUAUUCUUCAAAGAAGCCAUUACAACAUGCUACGGUCCAUCAUCCAUGAUAUCUUAUAUCAGGAUGAAGCCUUCUUUUAUCAUAUUCAACCAGAGUAUCGUCUCCAGCCUCGUAGUGACACUAGUGUCGAGUGGGAAUAUGAGUCGCUAAAACGUAUUCUCAUAUCCCUACGCGACUACUCCUUGCAGCGGCCACUCUAUCUAAUUAUCGAUGCAGUAGACGAAUCUGAAUACGAGGAUAGACGCAAUAUUCUCAAACUUUUGUUUCAGCUUUGUGCGGAGAUGAAACAUGGUGUCGUGAAAGUAUUCAUAACCAGCCGGCCAGUGGAACAGCUCGACAUCCGCCAGAAGAAUAUAAAUAACAUAAUACAGCUACACGAAGAGACCGUGUCUGACAUUUCCCGUUUCGCGCGCUCUAUGCUAGACGACCUGCAUAUCUCGCGUCUCCUCGCUAAAGCUACGGAUUUCAUUAUCAAGAACGCACACGGGGUGUUCCUAUGGGUGAAGCUUGUUGGAGAUCGACUGAAAGCUUCUAUAGAGGUCGGUGAUUCUGAAGACGUCAUUUUUCAAUGUCUCGAACAUCUUCCAACAGAGUUGGACGAUUUCUACAAACUCAUGUUUAAGAGCUUGAGCGAGAACAAACCAUAUAUUCCAGAAUCAAGAACGAUGUUCCAAAUUGUUCUCUGGGCAGUGAGACCUCUGACGGUAAAUGAGUUACUGCACGCCUUGGCAAUGUCGCGUGUUGCCGAUGUCGAAUCUGACCUUUCCGAUGAUGUCUUUGACGGAAGAAUCCCAACUAAGACACGCAUCACUCACUGCGGAGGAAACUUUUUGGAAGUCAAGCAGCCUUAUGGUGCCUCCUUGGCAAAUGCCCGUCCCAGCACUUCGUACCGUCGAACUAAUAAGUCUAUGGGGAAUGAGGUUGUUCAGGCCAUGCAUCAAACUGUGCGCGACUUCUUUCUCAGCUCCGGCGGAUGCGUAGCAAACUCAGAGUUGAGAAUGAGCAAUGACGACGAAGCUCAUAUCUUCAUGUCUAAAAUCUGUAUUCGCUACCUCAUGCUCUGCGUUGCCUGCACUACUUUGGCAAAGACACUACCUACUCCCGAAUCACCGUUUGCAAAAUAUGCCUUGUCUUUUCUUAAGCAUCAUAUGAGUCACUGUCAUCAAGACGCAAGGGUUUCGUACCUUGCCAUUCAGCUAGCAAACAGCCUGACCGGUAGCCCAUCGUCCUACUUGUUGGACAGCUGGGUCCUAUCGAAUAUGGGGACAAGGGUCCAAGGUUCACAUGACAAUGAGCACGAAGGAAAAGCAAUGGAAUUCAGGGCUCAAGCCUUACACGCCGCAGUUUGGAAUGACUUUCCUGUGGCCGUCGAGAUCUUGUUGACAGCUGGGACCAACAUCAACUCGAGGUGCGAGAAAGAGCGCACAUUUCUGUCAUUGGCAGCCGAAAGAGGGCAUGAAGCCAUUGCAGAGUUGCUACUCGCACAUCAUGGCAUUGAGGCUGAUACAAAAGAUAUAGAUGGGCGGACACCGCUCUCGUGGGUUGCAGAAAAGGGCCACAGUAUGAUUGCUGAGAUGCUGCUGGCCCGCAAUGAUGUUGCGCCUGACUCAAAGGAUAUGGAUGAGCGGACACCGCUAUCUUGGGCUGCCGAACAAGGACAUGGAUCUGUGGUACAAAUGUUGCUUGCCUGCAAUGACGUUGACGCUGAUUCUGUAGAUAAAUCUCAACAGACACCGCUCUCAAGGGCGGCGAAAAACGGACAUAAGAUCAUUGCCGACAUGUUGAUCCAGCAUAAUGUUGUUGCUACUUCGAGAGAUGGACACGGACGGACACCGUUAUGGCUGGCUGCAGAACAAGGGCAUGAAGAAAUAGUAGAGUUGUUGCUUGCCUUGAACAAUGGCGAAGCCGAUGAAAGCGAUAGAUAUGGGCGAACACCACUGUCGCGAGCAGCUGGGCAAGGGCGCGAUGCCAUUGUGAAACUUUUGCUCAACCGCAACAUUGCCAAAGCAGACUCGAAAGAUCAAUACAACCGGACACCUUUAUCAUGGGCAGCUCGGCACGGGCAUGGUAGCAUAGUGGAAUUGCUACUUGAACGCCACGAUGUCGAGCCAGACUCAAAGGACUUUGACGGCAGGACGCCGUUGUCAUGGGCAGCGUGGCAUGGGCAACACAACGUAGUCAGGCUACUUCUUGACCACAAAAAUGGCGUUCAAGUAACGUCAGAAAAGAAAAGUAAACGAAAGCUGUUGCUAUCGAAGUUUGCACGGUAUUACAAAGGCGCCAAGAAGCGUUUUGUUGGCCGCAAGGGCGUCGAAGCCGAUUCAAGAGAUGAUUAUGGCCAAACGCCACUAUCCCGAGCCGCUGAGCAAGGACAUGAAGCCGUGGUAAAGCUGCUGCUUGAUCGCAUAGACGUCGAAAUCAAUUCAAGAGACACGAAAGGGUGGACACCUUUAUCCUGGGCGGCUGAUCAAGGGCACCAUGAUGUAACGAACACCUUUGUCUCGAGCAGCUGA